UCUCUGCAGCAACUUUCACUUUUGAUUUCGUCCCCACGUGACUUCGAGGAACUUGAGUAGGUUACAAAAGGUAAUCAAUUCGUCGUGAUAUUUGACUGUUGGAAACAGUAUCAGUCCGUAUUUUCUCAGGCCGAUUCGACUUUUACGCAGAUAAUGAGUGACUCUGACGCCGUCAAGCCGCUUGUGAAUGGAAAGAUGGAUAACCUCGAUGAUGAAGAACAGAAACUGUCUGUAGCCAAGGAAGAGCUGAAUACAUUGACGAAACAACUUGAGAAGGCAGAGGACGAAAAAUCUAGGCUGCAGUUGGCAAAACUGAGAGCAGAAGAUUCAAAGAAAGAGGCUUCAAAAAAUGUGAUGGUCCUUCAACGACAGGGGGAGCAACGUCAGGAGGAGUUCUCUAAAACUGUGAAAGGGAUACAGAAUGAUAUCUCAAUGCUCGAGAAGGGUAACAAAGAUCUGAUGGAGAAACUGAAGAAAAGCCAGGCUAAGCUAAAGGCUAAGAAGAGCGAGUCUGCUACACUUCAGCAGAGGUUUAAGAUCUAUGUCCAGAUCCCUGAAAAGAAGGUGAAGUUCACCUGUGAGGAGGUGGACAGCGAUGACAGCGGUCAACACAUCAAGGGGGUGUUCACCAUUGCCCAGAGACCAUCAGUGCUCCUGAAGGGGGGGCAGGCUCUCAUCACUUUUGAGGAGGAGAAAGUGGCUGCCCAGAUCCUGAAGAUGGCCAAGUGUACUGUGUCCUGUGAUAAAGACAAGGUGCAUGUAAAGCCCAAAAGCCUUAGACUGGACCCCUUUGUCAAGUUUGAGCUACACCUUGAUGUCUCCACAAAGACACUCAGCUUCUCCAAUGUCCCGUUCACCCUGUCAGAGGAACGAAUGAGAGACCGUCUGGAGAUCAGCUUCUCCAAGCCCAGUCGAGGGGGAGGAGAGGUGCAGAGGGUGGACUAUGACAAGCACACUUGGAAAGGACAAAUCACCUUCCUCAACUCUGGAGUUGCAGAGAGGCUGGCCCUGAAAAGGAAGUACAUCGUGGAUAUGGACCGUGAGGUGAAUGUGAAAGUUGACCUUGUUUACAACUACAAGCUGAAGAAGUUUCAGACGUUCUGCGGCACUCCGACGCGCACCAUCCUCCUGUGCGGGAUUACAGACUUCCAGGAUGAGGAGGACCUGCAGGAUCACCUGGAGAUUCACUUCCAGAAGCCCAGUAACUAUGGAGGGGAGGUGGAGUGCAUCAAGUAUGUCUCCGGGGGCAACGAGGUCAAGGCCUUCUUCACUGAGGACAUGGCUGAGAUGGAGGCUUAACAUUAACAAACGGCCAUCCUCUUACGAUACAUCUAUGCUCAUGUUUCUCAGUACUUAGUUGGUACCACAUGAAUGAACCUUAGUGAUGAUGUAUUCAUCCGCAUUUACCAUAAUCUAUACCCCACUGACAUGCAGCACUACUGCCCUACUGAUCUGUAAGUCUUGGGAAAUUAGUCAUGUCAACUUUGUAUACUGACAAAGUUUAACAAGGCCUUAAAACGUGCAUGAUAAUGCCUUGUGCAGUGCCUUAAGUUUAGAAUAAUAUUGAUUAGAAGGAUCUUUAUAGUUAUAUAGUCAAACUCUAUUAGAAGGGGACAAAUGAAAAUGCACAGUAGUUGUUUUCAUCUAGAGAUACUAUGUCUAUUUCUCUGUGUCGGGCAUCUUUGUGAUAUGAUUAAAGGUGUUUUUUGCUCAAACUUCAAAUCAUGGGUUUUUAAAUCGGUCAUCAUGACAUGAAUUUACUGUAUGGAUAAUCCUAUUGAUCGUGGUAUAUGAGUAACCCACCUACUUAAUUUCACCCCAUAAAAUGCAUUUAAUGCAUAUCACAUUGUAUUGUUUUAUUGAACUCCUGUAUGCUUUCUGACUACAGUGCUUAAAUAUAGGCCUGAAUACACACUAUUAAAAUAUUUAGAUGCACUAUUGUAAA